GAGAGCGGGUAGCUGCCCUCGGGCUGCAGCCCCCGACGAUCGCUCGGCGCGCAUCGAUUGAACGGGAGACGAAUCGCAUCGGGCCGGCACGAAUCGAUUGUCGGGCAGCAGAUCGAUUGGACGAAUCGAUUGGCAGGCAAAACCAUGCCGCCGCGCCGGCCCCGCCGCGGCGGCGGCCUGCCGGGGACACCUGGGUAUGACGCGCAGCUGCGCGAGGCCGAGGAGCUCCUGAACAGCCUGACGGGCGCGGCCGACAUGACGACCGCAGAAAUCCAGCGCACGCUGCGGGCGCCGCGGCUCGACGCGCUGCCGCGUCGGCCCGAGGUUUCGAGAAGGCGCAACGUCCCGGAGCUCGGGGGCAUCGAUGCACUACGUCUGGCGGCCGGAGAACCGGCCAACAUCCGCUUCGAGUGGCGCCAGGGGGCGUUGACCGUCGUCGGCUUCGUCGAUGCCGCGUCGGAGGCGCGAGCGAAGCGCGCGGGCGCCGUGCUCGACGCGCGGCUCGUGAGCUGCAACGGCGUCGCGCUGCAGGGCAAGAGCCAGGGCCAGGUCAUGCAGCGCAUGCAGAGCACCGCCUCAGUCGCGAGGCAACUCGGCUUCGCGCCGCCGCUGAAUACAGAGCCGCCGCCACCAGGGCCAAAAUCGCCUCCAGCAAAGGCCAAGCGCUUCGCGGCCGAAGACGACCCCGCCGCCGCGCGAAAGCGGCGCCUCGCGCGCGCCGCCGCCGCCGCGAAUUUAUUAAAGGCGAAGGACGAGCCCCAAAAGCCCUUCGCGGCGAUGGAACCUUCCCAGGUCGACCUCCAGCCGCAGCCGCCGUCGCUCGACGCCUGGCUCGGGCGGGCGCCGGCGCCGGCCGUGACGAAAGCGCCGGCGCACGCGGACCCCUACUCGACGGGCGCGCGGCGGCGGCGCAUCACGCACGAGCACGCGAGCCGCGUCGCGCGGCCGCUGAUUGCCGAGGCGCUCCGGCGCGUGCAACGGCGGCGGCUCGAGAGGCUCGCGGCCGUCGCGGCGCAGCGGCGGCGCCGCGGUACUUGUGGAAGGCGCAAGGCGGCCCAGCGACGGUAUUGGCGGCUCUACGCCGCCGCGGUCGCGGUACAAUCAUGCAUUCGUGGGCACCAGUAUCGAUUAAGACGGCUCGUCGCCGCCGUGUUGCUCGCGCAGUGCUUCAUCCGGCGGCUCCGUGCUUUACGGUUACUGCGGCGGAUGCGCGCGCAGCGCUUCCGGACGCGCGCGGAGGCGUGCCUCACGGCGCAGCGCGUGCUGCGGGGCCGCCGCGGGCGCCGCGUCGCCGCGCGGCUGCGGCGGGCGCGCGUCGGCGCGCGGCGCUUCUUCGCGAUCGCGCGCGAGGGCGUCCGUGCGCGCGUCUUCCUGCGGUGGCUCCGGGACACGAAGCGGGGGAAGCGCCUGGCCGCCGCGGCGCAGCGCUGGUGGCGCCUUUUGGUAAAGCGGUGGAGGUGGCGCGCGAUGCUCCGGCGGUGCCGGACGCUCUUCCCCGUCGCGCGCGCGCGCGCGACGCGCAUGCGGCGCGACGCCGCGUGGGCCGCGUGGCGCGCCGCGUUUCAGAAGCGGCGCCGCGACGACGCCAUCCGCGCUUUUCAGGCGGCGCGCGCGGCGGCGGAGCUGCUGCGGCUACUCGCCGCCAAGCGCGGCUACUCGUCGUCGUCGUCGUCGGCCGCCUCCGUUUCCGACGACGAUAAUGAGGAGAAGGCGUGCCCGAUGUCGCCGCGGCGGUGCAUUAAAUGUGGAAAUGUGGGCCGCGUGCCGAUGGCGUCGACGGACGGUUUGUGUGUCGAGUGCAUCAAUGAGCGGUACAUGAGCGCCAAGCGGCUCGAGUUGAGGAGGAGGGGCCUGGCUGCGGUACGCUUACAAAGGCGCAUCCGCGGCGCCGCCGCGCGGCGGUACGCGGCUUUACUAAGAGCCGCGCGCGACAAAUUGCGGUGGGAGCUCCUGAUGAUGUCCUGCCAGAGACGCGUGGCGGCGCUCUGGCGCGGGUCUAGAGCACGUUACGCGCUCCUCAUGAAACAACGAGCCACCAUUGUCAUACAAUGUGCAGAAAGGUGCCGCCAGGCUCGAGCGCGCCGAAAGGUGCUGUUCGACGCCUGGUACGAAGGUUUACUCAAGUUGGGCGAUCAUAUGUUCGAAGAAUUAGCAGAUUGGCCGGGCCCCGACCCCGAGCGUCUCCCGGACGGCUCCUGGCCGCCGCCGCCGGGCGUGCCGCCUGUGUCGGAGUUGAAGGACUCGGACGACCCCUGGGACCAGCUCAUGUGCAUCGUCUUGCGGGGCGUGCAAAAAGGAGACCCGGAGAAGGACCACAUUCCGACGCAGGAGGAGUGGGACCAGAUGGAGCGAGACGGCGAGGACCCCGCGGCGAUUGCUGUUUUGCAAUUUAUUUUACAACAAACACCCCCUCCACCAGGUUGCUUAGAUGUGCCUAGGCUGCUGAAAAUAUUACGCGAGAACCUGCCAAAGAGGCCGCUCGUCCUGCCGCCGCCCCCGAAAGUCGACGUCCAGUUCGACUACCCGCCGGGCCACCCCUUGAGGGAUGAGAGCGACGAGGCCGAGCGGAAAAGGCGGCAACCGCCGCCGAAGCCGCCGCUCUCCGAGGUCGAAAAAUUCUUAGAAAGGUGGUACGAGGACCACCCGGACUGCGAGCGCAUCGACAUCCCCGAUUGUAGUAUUUGGAACCCGGACCUCCAGAAGCCGGGCGCCUUUCCGCCGCCGCCGCCCUCGGGGGGCGUGGAGGAGUCGAAGGGCGCAUAAGUGUUUGUGUUCGUGUG